AUGUCCUCUCCUCCAAGUUCUCACCACGAGAAACAUGAUGAGAAGCAUGUCGAAGAUGUCCACCUCGAAGCCAACGACGGUGGAUUCGAUGCCGUGAGGGAUAAGCAACUCAUGCGUCGUGUCGACUGGCGCUUAAUGCCCAUUCUUUGUGUUCUCUAUGCUCUCUCGCUCAUUGACCGUGUGAACCUUGGGAGUGCCCGAGUAGAAGGUCUUGGUGUGACGCUCAAGUUUGAAGGUUACAAGAAUAACAAGUACUCGAUUGCUCUGCUCGUCUUUUUCAUCGGUUACUUUUUGUUCGAAUUGCCUUCGACGCUCGUCUUGCGUCGCUUGCACCCCCGUAACUUCCUUACGAUUAUCAUCAUACUCUGGGGGGCUACGACCCUCGGAAUGGGCUUUGUUCACAGCUGGAAGACACUCGCCGUCUGUCGUGCCAUUCUCGGCUCGCUCGAGGCUGGAUUUUUCCCAGCCUGUGUGUACCUAAUCUCAUCGUGGUAUAAGCGUUAUGAAGUCCAACAACGCUUAUCGGUGUUUUACAUGUCAAGUGUCUUGGCGUCGGGCUUCGCAUCGAUCCUCGCAUAUGGCCUCGCACGUAUGCAUGGCCUUGGCGGUCUUGAAGGAUGGCGAUGGAUUUUUAUUAUGCUUGGAAUAGUCACAAUUGUCGCUGGGGCUAUUGGCUGGCUUCUUAUUGUCGAUUUCCCAGACAAGGCCAAUUUCUUAACCGAGGAGGAACGUCAGCACGUAAUUCGCCGAUUAAACCGUGACCGUGGUGAUGGCGAGCACGACCCACUUACGACAAAAAAGGUCUUGUCUCACUUGUCUGACUGGAAGAUCUGGACUCUGGCCGUCGCAUUUGCAUGCUCGACCAUGCCUGCUUAUUCGCUUGCCUACUUUAUCCCUGUUAUCCUACGUGGUCUUGGGUUCUCUGUCGCGCUCUCGAACAUUCUCGUUGCACCACCGUAUGUCCUUGCUGUCAUGCUCGCGUUGGCGACUUCCUGGUGGUCUGACAAGAUCCGUCUCCGGACGCCAUUUAUCAUUGCUCACUCGCUCAUCGCGAUCACCGGGUUCACAAUUGUUCUGCAUGCACAUGGCAAUGGCGUAAAGCUUUUCGGAACAUUCCUGGCUGUUGCAGGCACUCAGCCUCAAAUGCCAUUCAUUAUUGGUUUGCUUCAGAACAAUAUUGUGAGCAGUUCGAAGCGCGCUGUCGCAUCAGGAGUUCAGGUGGCAUUUGGAGCAAUAGGUGGUAUUGCUGCUUCUACUGUAUAUCAAGAAAAGGAUUCUCCCAGAUAUGUCAAUGGUCUCAGAGCGACCAUCAUUUUCCACGCUGGCCUUAUUGUAACCGUAUGCGCAGUCGCAUUUGCAUUCCAUCUCAAGAAUAAGGACCUGGACCGAGAAGCCGCCCUGAGACCUCAGGCGGAGUUGGAGGCGAUGAAUGAAAAGGAGCGAGCGUUGGCAACUUGGAGGCACACCAUUUGA